CUCAUUAUAGGUUAUUAAUAUUUAAAGCUGUCUGGGUUCUUGCGUGCAGCGUGCAGGGUGAUAUGUCUGCAGAUUGCAACAGUAGACACGGUCAUUUUUUUUUCUUUUUUUGGCGCACAGAAAAGAAAGGGAUAAAUACUGAGUAAAUAAAUAUAUAAAGUUGUGUAUUCAGUGUCCCAGCAGCGGCGGCGGCGGCGGCAGCAGCAGUGUAACCCAGCGUCCCCUCGCUGUCGACCAGUGGUUCCAUCCACCUGAAGAUUUCAGAGACAAUUCUCAUUACCAGCGGUGGCAGCGCAGCACUUGGAAAGGGUGAAUCAAUCUGAGAGAGAGAGAGAGAGAGAGAGGGGAGAGACAGUGAGGGAGACAGGGGAGGGAGAAAGAGAGAGAGAGAGAGAGAGAGAGGAGGGAGAGGAGGAGAAGAAGACAGCGUCGGCGGCGGCUCUGCAGUGGAAUAGGCUGUUAUUUGAGGGAAGGUGAGAGCUCUCGGAGUAAGCGACCGGGCGUGUGGAGCGAGAAGCGUUUCAGGACCUGAUCGCAGCAUCACAGACAUUUAAGAAAAAACAAAGUAACUCCUGGGUUCUUCUCACUUCACAAAAAGCCUCACUCAAAUCCCCAGACAACACGAGAGAGAGAAAAAAAAGAGGGAAUAACAUCUGUUUAUCUGCAUAUUUCUAUGUUCAAAAAACAAGAGGAGAAAACACAGAGAUCGACAGAGGACAAAAAACAUCUCGGAGGAUGUGGAAUUAGAAAGAACAAAUUGCCACGGGAGGACCAAAGGGAAAGUAAACCUUCUCUCGCAAAUCCACCAGUGUGGAGUCACCUCACCUGUACCUUCGGAUUAAAGAGCAGGGUCAUGUCCCAGUUGCCAUGCGCAUCGCCACGCUGACCUGCCUUCCCGGCCCUUCCCCCUUCCUCUUUCUAUUGGCCCAGCUGCUACUGCGGCUCCUCCUCCCUGGGCCGGAGUUGGUGGGAGCCGCCUCCUCCUGCCCCUCCCUCUGCACCUGCUCCAACCAGGCCAGCCGAGUCAUCUGCACCAGGCAGAACCUGGAGGAGGUGCCCGAGAGCAUAUCAGUCAACACGAGAUACCUCAACCUGCAGGAGAACUCCAUACAGGUUAUCAAGUCCGACACUUUCAAGCACUUGAGGCACCUCGAGAUCCUCCAGCUCUCCAAGAAUCAGAUCCGUCAGAUUGAAGUCGGAGCGUUCAAUGGCCUCCCCAACCUCAACACACUGGAGCUCUUCGACAACCGCCUCACACUGGUGCCAUCACAUGCCUUCGAGUACCUCAGCAAGCUGCGGGAGCUGUGGCUGCGCAACAACCCCAUCGAGACCCUGCCAGGCUAUGCCUUCCACCGUGUGCCCUCGCUACGACGCCUGGACCUGGGUGAGCUCAAGAAGCUGGAUUUCAUCUCUGACGCGGCCUUCGUGGGCCUCAUCAAUCUACGGUACCUGAACCUGGGCAUGUGCGGACUGAAGGACAUUCCCAAACUGACAGCCCUGGUGCGUUUGGAGGAGCUGGAGCUGUCGGGAAACCGGCUGGAGAUCAUCCGACCCGGUUCCUUCCAGGGCUUGGUGUCUCUCCGCAAGCUGUGGCUCAUGCACUCGCAGGUGUCAGUCAUCGAGCGCAACGCAUUCGACGACCUGAAAAACCUGGAGGAGCUCAACCUGUCCCAUAACUCCCUGCACUCGCUGCCCCAUGACCUCUUCACGCCCCUCCACCAGCUGGAGAGGGUACACCUUAACCACAACCCCUGGGUCUGCAACUGUGACGUGCUUUGGCUUAGCUGGUGGUUGAAAGAGACAGUGCCCAGCAACACCACCUGCUGCGCCCGCUGCCACGCUCCCCCGUUCUUAAAGGGCAAGUACAUCGGAGAGCUCGAUCAGAGCCACUUCACCUGCUACGCUCCUGUCAUCGUGGAGCCACCGACAGACCUCAACGUCACCGAAGGUAUGGCUGCUGAGCUGAAGUGUCGCACGAGCACCUCCACAACGUCCGUCAACUGGAUCACCCCCAACGGCACCCUGAUGACCCACGGCUCUUACCGGGUGCGGAUAUCCGUCCUGCACGAUGGCACGCUCAACUUCACCAAUGUCACCCUGCGGGACACGGGCCAGUACACCUGCAUGGUCACCAAUGCUGCUGGCAACACCACGGCGACCGCUGUCCUCAAUGUCACCGCUGCUGAGGCGAGUGUGAACUACACUUACUUUACAACCGUCACUGUGGAAACCGUGGAGACUCCAGGAGAAGAGGAAUCUGCACUGGUUGCCAUCAACGAGACCUUCAUCCGUCUUCACCCUGGUCCCACUCCCUCGGGACACGUGUGGCCGGACGGCGUCUCCACCACAACCUCCUCUCUGUCGGCCGGCUGGUCCUCCUCCUCUCCUCGGGCCACCCGACCCACCUUCACUGUGCCCAUCACCGAGCCGGGCUUCUCAGGCAUCGAUGACGUGAUGAAGACCACCAAGAUCAUCAUUGGCUGCUUCGUAGCCAUUACCUUCAUGGCAGCGGUGAUGCUGGUGGUGUUCUACAAGCUGAGGAAGCAGCACCAGCUGCAUAAACACCACGGCCCCGCUCGUGCCAUCGAGAUCAUCAACGUGGAGGACGAGCUGGGGGCCGGGGCCAGCGGUCGAGGCAGCGGCAUCUCGGGAGGCUCCACCGUGACGCAGAGCGGAAGCAGUGGAAUAGGAGGGGGCCAGAGCCUCAGGCUGCACCACCCGGAGAUAGUCAACCUGCCCAACCUGGCCCGAUCAGAGCACCUCAACCACUACUACAAAGCCCAUCACUUUAACAACAACAUGAUGGGCCUGGGCAUGGGCACAGGCUCUGGUGUGGGCCUCAACAACAACAACAACCCCUCGCCCUGCUCCCAGUCUCAGAACACAUCCAUAUCCUGUUCCCAGGUUCCAACCUCCACCACUGGGGGGACGCCCACGGGUGGCACCCUGCCCUCCCCUGUGCCCCUGCCCCAGCUGGGCCUGCACAGUUCUCUGAAAGGCCUAAUGGGGAAAGGCCAGAACGAGCCGCUGCUCUUUAAGAGCGGCUCCAAAGAAAACGUGCAAGAGACUCAAAUCUGAGUAAAAGUGAGUGGAAGUACGAGGUAAGGAGAAAGGGGAUGCUGGGUAGAGACAGUGAUACAGAAAGCACCAGUGAGUACAUGAGACUGAUUGUAGCCCGCUGUCCUCGUGGACAGAUUCCACAAAAGAUGAAAUUUCACAUUGCCACUGCUUUGUGUUGUCAAUCUGUUGACAGAGAGGAGCAGAUAGGAAGGCUGAAGGAGACAAUAUCUGAUCAGCACUAGUCCCACAAAAGCAUCUGCACAUACUUUUCAACUAAAUCCAACACAAACACAUAUAUGAUGUAAACCACAAACAUCAGAAUCAUUCAGUUGCCUGUGCAACCUGCUAUAGUCUUUGCCAAAGUCCAAGAUGAAGCCAACUCGUUGCAUUUGCGUCCACAGUCACAGUGGAAAGCUGUGAAUAAUACACAUGUGCAGUGAGCCUCUCUAGGUUUUAUACAGAUUGCUUCGUAUAUUUCCAGACACAUUCAGUGUAUAUAUUUGGAGGGAGACAUAAUAUUGGCCAUUGAACAUGUUGUCAGAUUAGUGUUUGGCAGAGACACCGAAUAACAAACAAUGGUUUGGGUGAGCGGUACGGUCCCAGGUUUCCAGGAAACACUAAAACAGAACAGAGGAAGCAAAAUUAGAGCAGUGCAGCGAUUCUGUCCAGGACACAUGUAUCAGACUAGCACUUUGCAGGAGGACAGAACAACAAUGGUUUUUUCAGAGUGGUUUCACUCUCACUUACUCACUUCUUUUUCCCUUUCACACCUACUGGCUACUGUCUUUUUUUGAAGGAGGAAGGAAACAGAGUGAGUUAUCAUGGGAGAAGAGAAAUCCCAUUGCUUAAAGGACUUUGAGAGAUUUUAAAAAAAAGGACCGAAAGUACAUAUUAUAUAUACCGUAAAUAUAUUUUCAUUCAAAGAAAUAAAUUAUAAAGAAUCUUUAUCAAGCUUCUGACUGAAAACUACAACGUCUGAAGAAUAUAUUUAAAAAAAGAAAAAAAAAAAACACUCAGCUGUUGUAGUGGCCCUCUCUUACAACUUUUCUCAACUUGGAACAAGAUGGCCGCUCCGACUGUGCUUUGCAUAAGGACACACGUUGGGAGAGCGGCGUCCGUUGAGAAGGAGCUAAAACAAAAACCCGGCAAAGUGAAUUUGAGUGAAUUUAUUUUGGUCUCGACUUUUUUGUAGCCGCACACAAAGUGUGUGUGUGUGUGUGUGUGUCCCACCUCCUCCUCUCCUGCCACAUUCACAUAAACAAGGUCGUCGGAGAAGGGGGAUCUUUGCGAAAAUAUGAAAUACGACCACAGCUCUUCAUCAUUUGGUCUCCAGCUCAGCUGCAGUAUUAAUAAUAAUGAUCAUAGUGGUGAUAAUGAUAACAAGCUUGAGCUUUCUUUGUCGUUAUAAUGGUCGUUUAAUGAUUAACACGUUAAAUGAUCGACGAUAUGUAACUGUACAUAUUACUAAAAAAGCUGCACAUGCUAGUUUAGCAUGCUCGCUAAAAACAAACUAGAUUUGACCAACAUUCGGUUUCAACGUCAUAGCUGUGAUAUGACAUAUUAUUGCUAUUAUGUUAUCAUUAUUAUCAUUCAGAUGACUAUUAUUAUUACUACCUGUGCCUACAAAUAGCUGAGAAGUACUUUUUUUUUUUUCAUUUGUAUAUGACACUGAAGUUGUUUUAUGACUGAUCCUGUUGGACUUCCGGCUGAUGAUCGGCAGUGGGACGGACUCAGCGUGAACAUCAGCAGGAAAUAACCUGGCCCCUCAAAAUGGCCGCCUCAGUCCGGCCCCCACUGACUCGCCCGCUCUGAUGUCUCAAGCAGUCAGGACCCCCCCCUUAACCCCCCACCACCACCACCACCACCUCAUGUUAUCACACAUUAAAGACAGGACAUGAACCUUUGAUGAAGACUGCUCCUUUGCAGAGGAUUAUUUCACAACUGUAUCUCAGUGUUAUCGUGUAUGAGUGGAUUUCAUGGCAGCAGGGAGCUAAAUGGACGACAGGCGUUGCCAAGCAUUUUUAAAGGUAAGCGAAGCUCGUUCAGUGAAGGAGAAGGUGACAUACAGUACAGUAUACAGUGGUGGGUGAAUUUUUUUCUAAAGAAAAAGGACAAUUAAAUGAAAAAAUAUAGAACCUUAUAGAUCUCUUUUAAAAAACAAAACUAUUAUGAUAAGUGUUUUUCAUUUUGGGUUUUUAUCUAGUUUGAUUAUUUUCUGUUUUUUUAAAUCAAGUGUUAUCUUUAUUGUAAUAUUGUUAUUGUUAUUAUAAUUAGCUAAUUACACUGGUUAUAAUUAUGAGAGAUGUUCUGUUAGCAGAGGUCACUUUGAAAAUUAAAAAAACCUGGCACAUAAAAUGGCAGUUGAAGUCUGUGAAAUUUGGUGGCUAUAUAUAUUUUUUCUUUUUUUUUUUGUUCUAAUCAACUUUAAUUGUAGUAUCACUGUUUGUAUCCCUUUGGCUCUGCUUGAGAUGAGACAUAGCGAAUGUGAAUUGGUCAGCACUGGGUCCUUCUGGUUUUUGUUUUUUAUUUUUUUUACUUUCUGCACAGGGGGACAGGAAAGACCCUGCUCUGGUUUACAAGCUCACUCACACUCGCUCUGUGCUUUCCUGAAUGUCAUCGCCAUCACAGUGCUCGGGAGUGCGAUGGCGCUAUGUCAACACCUCGUUGCCAUGGCUACACACUCAGACUAAAUGCGCCAAACGGCGUCACCGUCGGCGCCUCGUAAGGCACCCUGUUGCCCCCUUGUCAGUCACGUUCCUUUGAGGUGCCGUAUCUUGACGGGCCGGGACAGUGUUCCUCCUGUGGUAGCAAAUCAACCUGAGCAUUGUACCCGUGUCCUCACACAAAACCCCCUCCCCUUCCUCCAGCUCCCCCCUCUCCCUCCCUACUUCCAACCCUCAGCAUCCUGCCAUCAGGUUUCCCUAGCAACUGUUGCCGCUGCGACAGCCCUUAUCACAGCGUCUUGACUUGGGUUUCGAAUGUUAAACAGACGAGAGCAGACGGUAUAGAAUUUCAUCCGAACAUCCAUCUUAAAGAUUUCUCCCUCUUUUCACCAGGUAAUUCCCCUCGUUAAUGUAUUUGAUUUGCUUAGACCAACAGCUAUAUUUCUCACGCCGCUGACUCUCUGUCAGUGAAUCAUGCGAUUUACAUGCCUCUAUCCCCUGUGCGUUUAAUUUGCAUAGGCCCCACACACCACUGCUGAUCGCAUUUAUGCUCCCUACACUUGUGAUUAACACUCAUACCCUGCAUCCGUCGUUAACAUAUUCCUGUCCCCAGCACAAGGGAUCCAUAUUCCCCUCGCAACUUAUUUACAUAUUCAUCUGCCUCUGUGUGUGCAAAUGACAGAGAAACUAUCACGUGGGCACGGAUGUGGGUACGAUGAGUGUGUGUGCGACAGUUUUGUGUACAUCAGUGGCAGAGAGCAAGGACUGUUACAAAAGCUAUUUACCCCUAAUUCCUCAGAUGCCCCGUGCCCUGCCUAUUUCCUGUAGUAGCUCAUCACUUUGGAAAAGCAUUGUGUAUCCCCUAUAGCUCCUGUGAAGUGGCACAAACCAGAGGCCAUGUUGCCGAGGCUCGGUGUUAGAGAGAGAGAGAGAGCAGCGGUUGAGCCGGAGACACACAGUCACGGUGCUGCAGUGUCUGAGUCACAGAGCACUGAACACACUCCCAACACUCUAAUGGAAAUGCUGUGUUUACUGUGCAGGAAGGGACCCGCUCGUUCACCCAUUCAGGGAAUAGGUGAAAAACACCAGAAUAUGGGUGUGUGUGUGUGUGUACGUGUGUGUGGUGUUUUCAUGUGUGUGUGUGUGCAGCUCUGGAUUAUAAAAUGCCUGUUGUAGUGUUGUAUAAAGCAAAGAAAUCAGGACAUUUGACGCGGUGCGCUGUUUAUGGCAAAAGAUGUUACACCAUUGUUGAUGCAAUACUGCUCGGUGUGUGUGUGUGUGUGUGUGUGUGUUCAGGUGGGCUUACACGAGCUAGGUUGUGUAAGGAGGGGAAGAGGGAGGAGGGGGCGGUCAGACCUCCAUUUUAAAUCCCCAGUUUAAACCAGCUCUGUCUGUCUCCCUCUGCUUCAGGCUACUUUUAUGAUCCUCUCACUGACACUUAAAGUAAAAACAGGAUUUUUUUUUGGCGCUGAAGCAGCUCCCCCCUCCUCUCUCUCUCUCUCUCUCUCUCUCUGCAUACUGGGAUAAACCCAGCUGAUGAAAGGUCUGUUCAAUCAGGCCGACCUCCUCCUUUCAACACAUCAUCCGCAGCCUCUUUCAGCUCGUUCGUCAAUCCGCCACAUGAAGUUGCGGGUCAGGGGUCAAGGCCAGUGGCGAGCUUUUGUUUACCUCACAUCUUUAGCCGGCUAGUCAAGGUUAGCGUCCCCAUUUUGGACUGUGCCGUUUGUUUUUUAAUCGUCUUGCCCUGGCUCAGUUAUACAGGAGAGGAACACCUGUUGGUGAAGCUUAAGUGAUUUUUAAUGUGCAUUUUCAGCGGCUGUAUUUGUGGUGAUGUGACUUUGAGUCAUAAUCGUAAUGAUGCACAUUAAGCGGUUUGGUGGUGUUGGUGGGGUGCUCUCUUGCGGAGGGUUAGGUUUGUGUAAUCACAGAUUCGAGGGCGCUCCAGGUUCAGGGUGAUGCUCGCUUUGGCCGCCGGUGUUAGAAACCACGGCCACACUCGCACCGGUCCCUGAGGGCGGUGUCGCACACGUGUUAACCUCAGCUCUACAAGCUCCGUGUGAGCUCCACACUGCUUAAUUUCUUUUCUGUCACCCCAACCCCCCCACAACUCUUUUAAAAAUAGCGGUGAAGCGACAGCAGAGCUCAAUGCAUUAUUGAUACACAUGGUGUCAAUGAUGCAUGUGCUUAGGCACCAGUGCUAAUUUUCUCCCCGUUGCAGAGGCCAAGAGCAUCGCGCCGCCGUAAUUUAUAUGCAUCGUUAUUGCAAUUAUUUCUCACACACACAUCAAGACGGUGCCAAACGUUGCAGCUUGUCUCCUCACAUGAUGGCUGCUGUGAUUCCGUUAAGUGCAGCAGUGUUUUGUGUGCCACUGUGUCACCGAACCCCCACCCCUCUCUCCAUCCACCCCCCUCCACCCCCCGGCCAGCAGCAGCAGCAGCAGCAGCAGCAGCAGCUCUGUCUAGCUAUGCCUGGCUGUGCCUCUGCCGUGGGAUGUUUGGCAGUUAAGGGGCUGGUUUCAUCACCAUCAUGCUGGUCUGAGGCCGAUUCGAUGGCACCAGUUUUUUAGACGCCCGGGUCACUCUGCUCAGUCGCGUUAUGACUGAAUGAGGAGGGUUUUUUUUGGUUACGUUUGCAACGUUGCUUCUGCUGGAGCUCGAGAUAAGAUGUGCACAGACGUUUUUCUGUGUCAUCACUGUGAAAACCCUGCCCUGCAGCCACUUAUCAAAGCUGACCACACACACACACACACACACACACACACACAUAUACUCCCUGACACUGACUGACUGAGUGAUUUAUUGAUUGAGGUGGGGGCUUUCUUAAACAAUUUGCAGCUGAGUGCAGUGGAGGUUAACGGAAACCGCUGCCAUUCACACAUGCAUGCAUGUGUGUGUGUGUGCUUUAUAUCCUGUGAAGGUGUCCUUAAUUUUAGAACGGCCGGUCCAUUAGCACGUGGCUUAUUUCCCUGUUGCCUUGGUAACCGUGUCGUCGGUCACAAGAUGUCCGUUUUGGUCGUCUUGCGAGCUUCGAGUCGGAGGGAGGAUGGAGGGGUGGGGUGGGGGGUUGUCAGCGCGUGUGGGCUGUGAUGUGAGAGUGAUGAGUGGUGUCUCAUCCCAGAUGACUAUCUCCUCUGUGUCACUCCGCUGUGGGUCAGCAGACCUCUGAGCCGAGGCUCCGAAGAAAACUCAGAAAAAUCCACACAGUCGCUCAAAUAGUAAAAUGGGACACGCUCACAGCCCAUGUAAUUGUAAAGUACCGAUUAAUGGGAAUAGUAAAGCCGGAGCGCUGCUUAACACAGAGCUUCUCAUGAAUGCUUUAUAAAGGAGGAUAUCAGUGUCGUCAUGUGAAAACCUUGUAACUCCAAUUUUGAACAUCAGUGGAGUGAUUACAUUUUUCUAUUUGCAGGGAGAAAACUCCACAGCCCUUUGUGCUGCUGAAACCCUUUCACAACUCCACGGGGUAAACUCAAAAAAAAAAAAAAAAAAAAAAGUGGCGCGGCAAGUUCAAAAGAAGGCUGCUUUUCUUAGAUCCUGAAAAAGCUGACAUUUGGGGGCGAUGCAAGGUUUUCACCCGACACCGACCAUAUUGCGCUUUCAAACACAGAUUCGUGUUUUGAGAACAAUCCGGGAUGUAGCAGCUCGUGUUGGGAUUUGGAAACAUUCUUCUGGAGCAACUUCAUGCCCUGCAGCGCUGUGGGAAACCGGUUUGUGAUGUGUGCGGACUCGGGGACUUGUAUUGGAAUGUCCUGAACCAUCCGUAACUAUUAAAGGAUGUGCUGACCCAGCAGCUGUGCUCCUCUCAGAGGACAGGCUCACUGUUAAGUUUCCAAACGCACAUUCCCCUCUAUCCACAGCAGCUCCCAGAUUUACUGUUUAUGGGCACCUUGGCUCAGCAUCAUAAUCACACUCUGCUGUGUCUGAUGUUUGUUUGAAGCUGGGCGGGGGCCAUAGAGUACAUUUCAGCGCUUUGAAGUGUAAAUUCAGGUCUGGUUGGAGCACCGUAUGGAGGCAGUGAGGAAGACACAAACAGCCAUAUGGAUAUAAGCCGGCGGUUUGAUAACAGAGCUGUCUAACCCUUAUCUGUCGGCCGAGGUGGCAGAGGACCGGGAGGACGUGAGGUCAAACCCAGACCGGACGUCGACAGCCAGGGUCAGAAUGUGUCUGGGCUCGGAGAGGUGAAGCCAGAGCAGAAAUCAGCCCUGACCCAGAUAAGCCUCCCCAGCUGAGCUUUGAGUCAGACCUGCAACAUCCUCCCAGUGAAAGAAGUUAAAAAAAAAAAAAGCAGGAAACAGUUGUAAACAGUCAUCAAUAUGAAAUAAACUUUUACUGGAGAUAUUGAUUUUUCUUUACCCUUUUUUAUCUCCACCCCCACAUGUCAGCCAGUGAGGCAUGCUGCUUUCCUCAUUGGUGCUGAUUUAUUUAUCCGAUCUGGCCCUUAGUACCCUCAUUUCACGUCUGCUCUCAUUUCUGCUCGCAGUCUAUGUGACACCAACCUCACAAGUUAUAUUUUUACCCCCGAUGCUCGUGAACGGCUCAAGCGACGGUCGGCAGGCCUCCGCUGCGUUCAAGCUGCAGCGUUUUGUUUUUUGUUUUUUUCCUCUGUGUGGCCCGUCGUCGGCAGUGGAGCCCGCUCACCACGCAACAGCUUCUGUCGCCUCAGGCCUCCCCACCCUCCGAGCCCAGAGGAAAUAGAGUGACAAGGGAGGACGGGGCAGACAGAAAUAGAGAAAGAGAAAGGAGAGAGAGCUUGAAAAGAGACGAGGGUGACAGGAGGAAUAAAAGAUGACACUGAGAGACAUCCUGUCAGUCCAUAUCUAUGUAGGGUUUAGUCCACUUGUACAUGUGUGAGUGUGUUUGCAUGUGUGUAAUAUGUCGUACACACAGAGAGGCCUCAGCUCUGUGUGUGUGUGUGUGUUUGUGUAAUAUCUGCAUGAGUGGCGUAAGUAUGCAUAUUUAUGCAUACGUCCGAUUGGGUUGCGUGCGCACUUGUGUGCACUCGAGUGCGCACGGUGUCCGUGUUUGUGUAUCUGUGUGCGGCAGAGAUAAAGACAUGGAGGAGGAAGGGCCCGCCGUGGUGCUUAUAUGUCACCCAGCGCCGGAGGGGGAGUGACUCCUCUCUGUCCUCGACCCAGGGGAGGCAGAGGAGGAGCACGGCUGACUUCUCCUGCUUCUCUGCCUUUUCUCACCCUCUCCUUCAGAAAUGUAGCUAAAACCUCUCUCUCUUUCUCUCCCCACUCUCUCUCUCUCUCUCUCUCUGAGUCACACACACACUCGUAUGCUCGCUCGCUCACGGGAGUACGCCUCGCAUUAUCCCCCUUUCGUCCUCUCGUGCCUCUCAUCCCUUUAACCCUCCUGUUCCCCUCCUCCGCUCUUCUCUAUCUACCUCAUGCUUCCUGUCUUACCCCUCCCACCUCCUCCCUCUGCCAUUUUUCACCCCCCUUGCAGCUAGAUGUCAACUUGUGAUUCUGUAUUAACCCCUCGAUUCACACAAACACACACACACACACUCUCUCACGCAUUCGUUUUACCCCCCUGCACCACUCCAAUUCUCUCUCAGGAAAAUGGAAAACAAACCCAACAAUAAACCAAGGCUUCUGAUAUUUCCUUCCCUCUGUUCAAUUAAACAUGGCCUCCAUCUGCUUCUUUGUUUCGCUUCGGCUUUUCUUCUGCAAUAUUGACUAUGGUUGUUCUUGUGAUUGUUUCUUAAGACUGUGUUUUAACCUGUUAUAACCACAGAUGUGCGAAUUAACACUGGAGGAACAUGUCACGGAGGUGUGUCUCUGCGUGUGUGUGUGUGUGUGUGGCAGAGUGUGUGAGUGUGAUGCGUGGAGGAGGGUGGAUUUGUUCUGCUUCAAGGUUCUGUGCCAAAAUCUUUUUCAGAACAUUCAAUCUCUGUUCAUGUGCCAUACUGAGAAAUUUAUGAAAUAAAAAUAACGUUUUUUCACAAAAUUCAAA